CCGCACCUCUCUCUCUCUCUCUCUCUCUCUCUGCUCUGCUCUGCUCGUACGGAAAACCCCAAUCCACCCACGACCAGCCAGCCAGCCAGCCGCCGCAAAAGCCGCACUGAGUCCCUAGCCCCAAACCCCGGGGAUCCGUUUGGUGGAGGCGAAGCAUCGGGUCAGGGCGGCAUGUCCGGCGGCGGAAGAGGAGGAGGGGAGGAGGAGGAGGUGGUGCACAUGGAGGACGCGGUGAACAUGCUCGUGGAGCACCUCGUGAAGCCCGUGCUGCCGCGGGGCGCGAUCUUUGGCGCCGCCCAGGGGGAGCGCCACAUGGAGCCGGACAAACAGCGCGCCGUCGCGCAGCAGAUUCACACGGCCAUCAUCUUGUACAACUACUACCACAGGAAGAUGUCGCCGCAGCUUGCAUUUGCAGAUCCCAAACGGUUUUUUGUGUGUGCUUCUCUUUCUGCUGGAGAGGAUCUGCUUGCGUACUUGAGUAUGGUUCAUGAGCGUGAGAGCAAUCCUGGCAAGCAUGUGAGGCUAUCUGUUACUGACAGAGCAGCGAUACAGGCAUGUGAGAUCGCUGAAGAACUCGACGCGAGCAAAGAUUCUCCAGACAUGGCAAUGUGGCCAAUAUCAAAAGUUGCUGUGCUUCUUCUUGAUUUGACAAGAAAAAAAUGUUUGAUUGAGUAUAGUGCUAAUACCAAGGGUAUCUGGUCAAUCAUAGAGAAGGAAAUAGAUGCAACAGCUGGUAAUUCACACAGUACCAACCAGCCAGCAGGCCAGGAAUCAACAGGUAAAGGAAACGUGGGUGCUCUGAAUACACCAUAUAUGCUUCGUCAACAAGCCUAUUCGGAGGUGGAACGUAGAACAGGUAUGAAGGGCUCAAACUUGCGUCUUCUCGAUGAAACUUUGGCAUACUCGUUGAGUAAAGAAAGGACGACUACCAAGUUAUUUAUUGUGGAGUAUGAGCAAACCAUGGAAGGCAACCUUGUAGAAAUGUGUCUAGAAGAGUUGAUUAGCAGUAUGACUGGUCCGCUAUUUGCAAAUGAUCCAUUUCCAAAAACAACAUCUGUAGUUGAGUAUUAUCACAUUCUUCCGUAUAAGGAGAUUUUGUUUGAACUCCUCCACAGGAAAUGGCCUUCUGAUUCUCCACUGAACGAACAAUCACAUCGACAUGGAAAAGGUUCAUUGCACUCUGUAAUAGAUGAAAAUGUGGAAGAGCAAGAUGUGAAUAGCACGUCUAAGAUGCAAAAACGAAUUACAAAAGUGUCAACUCCAAAGCAAAGCAAACAAGCAAUUGCUGCCAAUAGCAACCAGGACUACAGGACCAGCAAGCACAAGAGAAACAGCAAAAGAAAAUCUGAAGCCUCCAGGGCUGAUGUCUGUGCAGAGGGUCCAGAUGCUGAGAUCCACAGAAUAGAAAAUGGUCCACCUCCUGUUAUUAUUGAUUUGGAAACUUCAAAACCUCUGACUAAGUCAAGAAAUACAAAAGCUGCUGCAGCAGCAAGUCGAGAAACUAAAAUCCUACAAGCCGUGGAUAAGAACAAAACACAGAAGCAGUCUAGACGUGACAAUGUGCCCCAAGAUGUCUUUACUGCAGAGGCACCACAUGUUGAUCUAAUGAAGAACCGUGCUUUGGAACAUCAAAAUAUGGAUGUGUCAGAAAAGUCAGGUGGCACCACUGAGUACACCAAUGACCAGAUAUAUGAUUCGCUGCAAUCAAUUCAGAAAAUACGGGAUGAGAUUCUUCGCAAGGAAUGCAUACUUCAAGAACGAAGUGCUCAGUGUGAUAUGGACAUUCAGACAAUCUUGAGCGAAGGGAAGAUGACACCAAAAACUGCAUCAAUAAUACACAAAUACAAGGAAACUUGCUCAGAUAUGAUGGAUGUUGCCAAUUCAUCUUGCUCUGGAGAUGGUGGCCAAUCCAUCACUCAGAGGAAGGGAUUGAGGGAGGCACUCCUCCGACACAAUUCAUGCGAGGAGCUUGAUGAGAUCUGCCGUGGGGGCAAUUGGAUAUUCCCAAGAUACACAGUAGUACCUUCAGUAUCAGAUGGAAUGUUCCACGCCAGUGUACGUUUGACAUGCCCCGAGUUUGAGAUGAGCAUCACUGGUGGCCCUCGUCUGACCGCACACGAGGCAAGGUGCUCAGCAGCUGCCAAUAUGAUACUGGAGCUUCACAAGAAGGCGGAGGAGGAAGAACAGUAGGGUACCUGGUGCAAAAUCACAACUCCUAAAUCGCGGUACUGCAGGUGGCUGGAACGAGUUGUUAUUUAGUCCUUACAACUUUGAACCAAACUUAGUGUGGAACAUAAUCACGUUGGUACCUUGCCUAGCUAUUUUACCUACGGGAGGUUGACUCCUUGUGUCCUGUCGGUAUUAUGGUUGUUUGUUAAGGUCGUGACCAACCCCGGACUGUUAUUUGAAAAUUUCUGUGACGCUGCAGCUUCAUUGUCUAUUCUGUUAUGGAAGUGAACACAAAUUGUCUAGCUAUUUCUUGA